AUGAACAACCUAGAUUUUUAUGGGCCAUUCCUGGGUAACAUUGACAUGGUGAAGCAGUGGCGUUUAUACAAGGAGAAAGGUUUAUAUGACCAGGAUAUUGUUGAUCUGUGUCUCCAUGCUGUAGCCAAUUGUACAGGAAUCACAGUUGAUGUUAUACAAGCAACAGAUCAUGGUAUUAGGAAUGUUGUUGUCGAACCAAACAAGCCUGGCAUCUCUUCACAUCGUACAAUCCAUCUCACCAAUUCACAUGAUCAUUACAAUCCUGUGGUCAGUGCUCAAACAAAGAAGAAUUAUGAAUGUAAUCCAACAUUAAGACAACAACUUGUUAUCGAACAUCCAAAGAAUGAAAAGAAGCAUGAUGAAAAAGAAGAUCGUUAUGAUUAUAUAAAUCCCAAUUUAUACAUCGACUCCUCUUCGCCUUUAUCCUUAAACAACAGAUAUGCUGCUCUGGGUGACAGUUCUGAUGACUGCUUCAUUGUUGAACCUCAUAAUAAGAAGUGUCCGCAUCUUUCUGGUAAUUUUGCUGCAAAAUCCUCAACAUUUGAUGAACAGUUUGAUUUAAAGGACGAACAGAUUAAUGCAAUUGAUCAAAAGAGUGAUGCAAGUGAUAAACAGAGUGAUGCAAGCGAUAAACGGAGUACUUCAAAUGAUGACGAGAGUCAUUCAAGUGAUGAAGAGAGUCAUUCAAGUGAUGAAGAGAGUCAUUCAAGUGAUCAAGAGAGUCAUUCAAGUGAUGAACUCAGCGAUCCACUUAGAGUAAUUGGUAACCGAACAUAUCUUAAUGAAAGUGUUUGGGAGGGGUGGAACACCAGAAUGUUGAAAAGUUGCCGUUAAAUAUAGAUGGUACACUAAUUUUCAAGAUUAAAGUACCUGGUGACUCAAAUGCAAUGGAAGCAGCGAAAGAUGGCAGGCAGUGGCAACGGUAUGUUCCUUCUUCUCGAAAAGGUUUUACUGGUACAAGAAGAAUAGCAAAUUGUUCUGGUACGCAUCAGUGCCCCAGUAAACAUUGUUCGUUUUUGAAAGAAUUUAGUCAACCAAAUACAACACAAUUCAUAGGAAGCGGACAGAAACGCAACUGUAUGCACUGUAACACAAGAUUGGUGUAUGUUCCCUGUUCGGCCAGAAAAAGUUGGGAAAUUCCAAAAGCUGGCAAUACGAUAACUGUCUACCAUUAUGGCAUUCAUACUUGCCCAGUAAAACCCCCGAAAAAGAACGUAAAACAUCUUAAAAAAUUGAAAGAUAAAUUUGCUGAAAUGCCAAAAGUAACCCCCACACAAAUGUCUUUUCAGUCCGUUAUUGCUUCGAUCGAGGGAGAUGGUACGUGGAUGAAAUUGAAGAUGUGGCCGAGCAAUUCUCUGAUGUUCAUGCAAUUAAGAAUGCAAAGAAAUUAGCUGCCAAACAAAAACGUCCACAUGGGCACAGCUUUGAAGCCAUAUCUGUCCUAAAAAGGAAAACAGACAUGAAAGAUCCAUUUCUUAUUUACAAAGCCAAUGACAGAACCAUCAAUGAGCGACCUAGCUACGUCUUUAAAUCCAGUAAAUUACGGGCGAACAUGGCGAUAAAUAUGGAUCAUGCUGGUGAUCACGUGCUUUCUACAGAGUACUGUCAUUUUGACGGCAAGCACAAUCGUUGCAAAAAUUUUGUUACCUUAACUGCAAGUGUAUAUCAUCCUGUUCUUCGUCGAAUGGUCAAACUCGCUAUAAUGGAAUGUAAUUCGGAAAAUGAAGAAAAUCUCGUACUGUUUUGGAAUUUGUUUAACGAAGUAUUACGCAAGGAAAGUGGGAAUGAGGAUGCAUUUUUUGAUCCAUCUGGUUUUAUCUGCGAUGAAGCAGGAGCAAACUGGGCUUCCUUGAAGUCGGUUUUUGGCGAAGACGUCCUGCAGCGCACCAAAGGUUGUGAGUUACACUAUCUCCAAUCACUUCAUAGACACGCAAACACACUUAAUAGUAGAAAGUCGAAACAUCAGUUCAAGAAACUUGGCAAUAAUUUGAGGGAGGCGGCCACUCCUGCAGGUUUUCAAGCUGCUCAUGAAGCGAUUAAAAGUUUUAUAAAUGCAAAACAUGAGAAACGUAAACACCUUUGUCAUUGGCUUCAGUGGUGGGUGGAACGAAAGACACACUUUUCCAAAGCAUAUUGCCCCCUUUAUAACGCGCCAACGACUAAUCUUUCAGAGCCUGUGAACUCUAGUUUUCAAAAAAGGGGCAAUUCAAACAUCAGUCUUAUUGAUGCAGCAUUGGAAGAUGUUGCAGAAAGUGUAUUACUUGAGAAAAUGUGGCUUCGUCAGAGUAGAGGUGAGAAGGUUUAUGGGACAGGACCCACCCAACCACAACUUCAACAAAGAGAAAACAGUAAUCAGGUCAGAAGAGCAGAACAAAUAGUGAAAGAAAUGGACAUAUAUGGCAAUCCAGAUGCAGUUGUUAGUCGAGAAGAAGCCACAAGAACCGCAAUUAUUGAUCCCCAGUGCAGCCAUAGACCAACGAAAGCCAAAAAAAGAAGGCGAAAUAUCUCCUCAGCUACCAAGAAAACCACAGCAAAGAAGCGCCAUGUUAGUAUGUUCGACGACACUGAUGAAUACUCAUCAUCAUCAUCGGAUAACUCCUUGCCGAAAGAUUCAAGACCAAGGGUGUUCAGGAAAAAGAAAAGUUCCCUAUUUCGAAAGUCCUUAGAAAAAGCAAAAACAAGCAAACACAAAAUAGCUGUUUCUAGAAUUUCGAGCGCCAGUGAAAACGAAAGACGGAUAUACCAUUUCAAGCUCUGGAAAAGAAUAUAA